CUGAUCAAAAACCACCUUAGAUCGAUAUGCAGAUUUCUAUAGGCUGAUUUUGUUUCUCCAAUGUAAUUAGAGGCGUUACAUUCUCAACGCAUGCCUAACAUUAAACGAAUUGGUCUAGUAUCACUGUUAUUACAGUUGGCCAAAAAAUAAACCAUAAUCUCAGCUGCUAAACGGUCUUGAAACCACCAUCAUAGUUUCACUCAAUAGACGUUUUGCAAAAAAGUACGUUAAACAUCACAAAUGUUUCUAAAGAAAGCUAAUUCUACCUCAUUCAGGUCGUUUAAACUUUAAAUACAGUUACAUCAACCUAUGGUAUUUUUAGUAAUUAAUUGUUAUGUCCAUUAACAGAAUUUCUCAUCCUAUUUUUGUCAUUAUCGCGUUAAGUUAUUGUCAAACUAAUAUUUUCAGUGCCCUGCAAUCGGUCGAAAUAUCUGCUAUAUUCUAGGAUUUGUCACAAUCAACGUGUUCCAAUGUCUCACAAAAAACACAAGCAAGAAAGAAAGCAUAAGAAAUCAAGCACUGAUGAUUCUUCAUCGGAAAGCGAUUAUGAAUGGAAACAAGAUGAUCGAAAUCUACAAGAAAAAUCUACUGAACGAAAUGACGUACAGGAAAAUAAUUGGAUCACUGAUGUUAAAUCUCUGGACUGCUUUUUUGAUACAUUCAGUUCAAAGCCAAGUGGGAAUAAAACAGCGAAAAGUAGUCAGUAUAAUAACUACAAAAUAAAUGAGCUCAAUCCUUAUUUGAAAGAUGGAGGGAGUGGUUUACCAGAUAGUGAAACUUCUUCAAAAUCUGUUUUGACAGACGACAAUCAAUCAUGGCUGUACAAGUCAUUCAUACGUUGUGUUGACACAUCUAAAGAGACGGGUGUUAGUUUAAGAAGUGUAUUGCUUCAGCGUUGGGAUGAAGGUACUGUGAAUGAUAUGUUGAAUAGAUUCGGAGAUAGACAUGAAAACAGCAAAUGUUCCCGAUCGCAACAUAAUUCUAACACAUGUGACAUGAAACCACGGUGGCGUAAAUCCCAGACUACUAAUCCUACUACUGAUAAAAAUGGAAAAUCAUCCUCUCAUUUACAGUCAAAAAGAGUUUAUUCACCCGAAGAUACUGAAUCAUUAUCAAAGCAAAAAGAAUUAACCAUGGAAUCAGAGGAUUCUACCAAUGAUUGUCAAGGAACAUUUGAAGAACGUUUAGUUACAAAUGAUGACAUAAAUUCAAUCGCUGCAAAGGUGAUGCGAGCAGAAUUGGAAUCGAAUCCUGUGAAAGUAGAAAAAUUAAAAGCAAAUUUAGAAAAAUUACGUGAAGCUAUGCGUCGUGGUAUUAAAGUACGAAUUCGUACUGUACAAAGGAAUAAAACAGUCCAUAAUCAGUCAGGAAACAAUCAGUCUAAAAUAAUAGCAUUAACACGUUUAAAUGAUCAAGGCAUUGAAAUACCAGUACAUAUACGUAAUCUUCCAGGAACUUCACAUACCAAUGAUAAAAACUUACAACGUUUUAAAUCUCAUGACUCAACUGGACAACGGAUAGCCUUCUUCCCAGAAGAUAAUGAAAACCAACAAGUUGCGGAUAUGAUACGUGAUGAACGUUUACAUUCAGCCAGUGAUAUGGAUUUGGAAUUUUCAAGACUUUCUAGAAAGAGUGUUGAAGAUGAAUACACUGAUGCUUUUGUGAAAAAACGAGUAAAUGCUGAAAAAGAAGCUAUUAAAUGUAAACAGGAUGCUGUAUCAUCUUAUAAAAGAAGAGUAUUUGCUGAGUCAAAGUGUUUAACUUGUCUUGAACGUGUUCCUAAAUAUUUAAUUGUUAGUCUUGGUGAAAAGGUGUUCUUAUCUUUACCUUCACAUAUUAGUAUGACACCAGGUUAUUGUUUACUUACACCUUAUGAACAUAUCAGUUCAACUACUCGACUAGAUGAAGAUGCGAUAAAAGAAAUUCGACAUUUCAAAUAUCAAUUAACUGUAAUGUUUGAAGAGCAGUACAGUCAAUCAGGUUGUGUUUUCAUUGAAACUGCUAGUAAACCGGAUACUGUUCGUCAUCAUACACAAGUGGAGUGUAUUCCGGUCCCCAAAAAUUUAUACAAAUCACUACCUGCUUACUUUAAGAAAGCCUUAAGCGAAAUUGGCUCUGAAUGGGAUCAAAAUCGUCGCCUAAUCACAUUGAAACCGGGUGGAUCUGGCGCGUAUGGUGCAAUUCCUCCGAAAUUCGCUUAUUUAGCUGUAGAGUUCGGUACUACAAAUGGUGGUUUCGCACGUAUUUUAGAUGAAGAGCACGAAAUAUCUUCAUAUUCUGGACGUGAAAUUAUAGCUGGUGCACUAGACAAAGAACCUCGUUUAUGGCGUAAACCAAAAUUGGAGAAUUUUGAACAUUUACGUCAAAAAGUUGUAACUUUUGAAAAUCUAUGGCAUACAUACGAUAAAUGGCAACAGAAUAAACUAGAUACUCAUUCUUCAAAUAAUUCACAAAUAAUUAAUGAUGAAAAGUCAAGUGCAAACAACAGUGAAUUUGAACCAGAAGGUCCAGAUCUACCUCCAGGAUAUUGAAUUUUGUAAAUGUAUCAUAUACAGUGUACAUAUAUUCGUUAUUGUUUGUUAGUCUCAAAGUAUGAUUGACUGAAUUCAUUCUGCACAUAUUGUUCCUAAGCGAAUUGUUACUUUCUGUAUUUAAAAAAUAUUUUUUAUUCAUGUCUUCAGUAGUUUUUUUCUAGUCCUGGAUCAAGGAAGUUACUUACCAAAAAAAGGUGAUGUUUUGGGAAUUUCGUUACUUGAAGUUGAUGAGCAGAAAACCUUGAAUCUAGGUUAAUUUUAAUUAUAUCAAUAACAAAUGACAUCAGAUGAAAACUUUAUUCGAAAUAGGAAAUAGACAAAACAAUGAAAAAAAUAUAAUCCAACUCAGCAUCAUUGAUUUCAUCGAGCGGAUUCAAUGCUAUAAUCGAUACACAUCUGUACGGAUAUGAAAGCUACCUACUUUUACCCGGAACUUUAAAUCUCACUGAACCAUGAAAUAUGAUAAGUCAUCGCUUGAUGUAUGAAUUAUUAAUAUAUUUUGUAAAAAUACUAUUCAUUAUAUAUUCCCUUGUAAGGAACAUAAAAUCAUGGUAAACAAGUAGUAAGAUAAAAGUAUGAAAACGUUCAACAAUAGGAUAUAUUGUCUAUUUUGUCGACCACACAGCAGCAUUAUUCAAAGAAUUGCUACCUCAUAAAACAAUCACAUAGCCUUUUGAUUUCUCCCAACCGUUACUGCUACUUUGACGUGGUGGUCGG